AUGUGGACAAUUCACCAGCCUAAAGCGCGCGCUGCGAGCCCACGUACGAUAUAUCGCAUAAUUGUCGCCUACCUAAUCCUACUCACCUUUCUACUCCAAAUAGAAAAGUUCUAUUUCCUAAAUGACCCUCCAGACAACCCACAACGAGAGUGCCGGCAUCAGCACCAGCACCAACUCCCCACGCCGUCUUCCAGUCCUGAUCCCAGACCGCCCGCAAGGCGAUUGACUAUUCCAGACCUCGUCUCGAGCGAUGAACAUUUUGGCAAAGUCAACACGCUGCAUAUGGCGGCCGACAUAUUGGCGAAAGCUGCACCUCUGGGGGACGCAGUCUUGGCAUUUGACGAGGCAGGGGAAGGAGAGUACAUUCUCUCUGCCAGGCCGUGGGAAGUCGGCGAAUGUAGGAGAGCGAGUCAAGAGUUAUGGGACCGCCUCGAUGGUCCUGAGGGUGCUCAUUCUCGUCAUGACACCCCUUCUCCCCCUCGCGGACCUGCCGUGCAACCAGUUGCUUUGUCCUACUUGACUCCGCCGUCUUCUCCAGAGCCAGCUCACAAGUCCGAUUUAGCGCCUGUCGUACAUUCAGGACCGCCCAAUGCUCCCGAACCCACUAUAUCUCCCGACAGUACCGAUAUUGCCGACGUGUUCGAUCAUCCAGUCCAUUAUACUUCCACAUAUGAAAGUGCGGAAUAUAUUUCCGACUUGGACGACGCAUUCGAAGAGGACGAUGAAUGUGCAUCCGAGUCAUCUGAGAUACCGACCGAUGGAUUUCUCCCGCACCGGGCCGAGCGGGCUAAUAGCAGUAGCUCUGAUUGGUACAAGGGGAGCAACAUGUUCAUCAAUUCGGAAAAACCAGAUUCUCCCAGUGUAGCGAUGGGUUUACCGCCGUACGAUGUUUCAAUAAUGCAUAGUCCUACGAUCAAGGACCUCACGCCCCAACUAGACCUUUCCGAAUUCUCAGAAUGGCCAAUCGCGAGAGGCGGGUUUGGAGAAGUCUGGAAAGGCGCGUUGGUAUCGGACGUGAAGGACAGUCGGCCCGUUGCGGUCAAGCGUUUGACGAUGUAUACGGCAGCGGGUGACGAGGGUAUUAUAAAGACCGCAAAGAGAACAAACAGGGAGUUGUCUAUCUGGUCCGGUUUAAAUCACCCAAAUAUCCUACCGCUCCUGGGGGCUUGCACUUUCAGGGGUGGAAUUGGUAUUGUGUCCGAAUGGCAAGGUAACGGGAACGCCGUCGAGUGGAUAAAUGCCCAUCCUGGCGUUAAUAGGUUGGAUUUGUGCGAAGGCAUAUGUUCGGGUCUAAAAUACCUACAUGACACUGGCAUUGUCCACGGGGACCUAAGAGGGGCAAAUGUCUUAAUCUCCAAGUCUGGUAGACCAAGGCUGAUUGAUUUUGGCUUGGCCUCGGCCACAAACGGUAAUCCAUUUUCGGCCAGUUCAACUCUGGCUGGGACUCUCAGGUGGAUGGCACCAGAGUUGCAAGUUACUGAGCAGCAAGGGGCUACUGCCGCAGGCGAUAUAUUUGCGUUUGGAAUGACUACGCUUGAGCUGUUCAGUGGACUCCCGCCCUUUGCGGACAUCAACAACGAUAUUGCGGUGCUAUUAAAAUACCAAAAAGGAGACAGACCUCCUCGACCCAAGGAUACGAGAGGUCUCAACAAGAAAGGCAACAGGACCAGAGCUCGUUCUCCUCGGGAACGAGGGCUGGUCAGAGAUGUAUGUGUACCCAUGGACGAUGGUACAUGGAAUCUUGUCGAAAAAUGUUGGGAUCAAGAUCCAUCACUGAGACCAUCUGCGAAUGACAUACUUGAAUGGUUCAUGCAGAAGAAGAAACGAAGGGUGGGUGGAGGUCAACUGGAUUUUUCUGGGUAG